AUAACCAAAACACACACUCUCCUUCCCCCUUCUACUUAUACCUUCCCACUCCCCCAUUCUCUUCUAUUCAUUCUCCUUCCAAAAGGGCCAAACCAUGAAACAAACUCACCUCCUCCCUCUCCUCCUCCUCCUCUCAUUCUUAUCCUUCUCCUAUGCUAUCGACAUUGGCAUCGGCAUCGGCAUUGGCGGCUCUCCCAGCCCUGCCAAUCCCCCUUCUGCUUGUCCAGCACCCUCUUCUCCUCCUCCACCUCCACCACCUCCACCUCCACCACCUCCACCUCCUCCACCUCCACCUCCACCACCUCCACCUCCACCACCACCACCUCCACCUCCACCACCACCACCACCACCACCACCACCUCCUUCAGACCCAUUCGUGAAUGAGCUGCAAAAACGCGCAUACUACGUGAUCCAAAAGUUCAAGAAAACCAUAACUUCAGACCCAUUAGGAAUAAGAAAUUCUUGGAACGGACACAAAAUCUGCAAGUACAAGGGCUUCUACUGUGAAACACCACCAAACCGCAAGAACACACCCACCAUCGCCUCCGUCGACUUCAACGGCUAUCAUCUCGGCGCUCCUACAGUCCAAGGCUUUGUCGAUCAACUCCCAGACCUCGCUAUCUUCCACGCCAACUCUAACAACUUCUCCGGCUCCUCUCCCCCUCUCAAAUACCUCAAUUUCUUCUACGAGCUCGAUUUCAGCAACAACAACCUCACCGGCUGUUUCCCUUACAACCUCCUCAAUCUCUUCAACCUCACAUUUCUUGAUCUCCGUUUCAACCAUUUCGUCGGCGAAGUCCCUCAGGCUGCUUUCAACCUCAACGUCAGCAUCCUUUUCUUAAACAACAAUAACUUCUCCGGCUACAUCCCGCCCAAUCUUGGUGACUCUCAAGCUUUAUACUUAACCUUUGCUAACAAUAAGUUCACUGGACCCAUUCCCAGUUCCAUUGGCCGCACUUGUAACACUCUCCUCCAAGUGCUCUUCCUCAACAACAAGCUCUCUGGUUGUCUUCCUUACGAGAUUGGCCUUCUUAAGAAGGCCACCAUCUUCGACGCCGGCAACAACUGCAUUACUGGUCCAAUUCCUCUCUCCUUCGGCUGCCUUCGCUCCAUGGAAGAGCUCAACUUCGCUAAUAACCGUCUCUACGGCACAGUCCCUGAUGAGCUUUGCAUGCUUCCUAAGUUAACAAACCUCUCUCUUUCUGGGAACUACUUCAGUUCACUUGGCCAGAGCUGUUGGAAGUUGCUGAAGAAUAAAGUCUUGCAUGUUGGGAAGAACUGCAUUCCUUGGUUGCCUGAUCAGAGAUCAAAGGAAGAGUGUGAAAAGUUCUUUGCAAAGCCAAAGCCGUUUUGCCCUUUGAAUAAGUACAUUCCAUGCAAGCUGCCUUUGGAUCAGAAUGACAGUGCGCUAUCUUCUCCGGCCGACGGUGGCCGCAGCCGGAGACUCUUGGGCUUGGGGAGUAUUUAUGAUACUCUGCGUGCACGUUAGAGUCUGUUUAAUAUUAAUUGUUUUCUUAUUUAUGUGCUUAAUUUAGUUCGUUGUUCUUGUUCUUGUUCUUGUUUUUGAUGUUGUUUAUAUAUAUAUAUAUAUAUAUAAUUUAUGUUGUGCUUCCCAGUAAAUAAAAAAGUUGCUGCCAAGCACUUAAUA